AUGGAGCCUGACACCUGCCAACAUUGUGCUUCAGAGACCCACCGCCUGGAGCUGAGUCUCAGAACACCUGUGGGCCUGGUGGGGGUCAGCUACUGUACAUGCCACUGUGGGAUUUACAUGGGGGGGGGUCAGCCUGUGGGCCUGGGGGGGGUCAGCUACAUGCCACUGUGGGAUUUACAUGGGGGGGGGGUCAGCCUGUGGGCCUGGGUCAGCUACAUGCCACGGUGGGAUUUACAUGGGGGGGGGGUCAGCCUGUGGGCCUGGGUCAGCUACAUGCCACGGUGGGAUUUACAUGGUGGGGGUCAGCCUGUGGGCCUGGGGGGGGUCAGCCUGUGGGCCUGGGUCAGCUACAUGCUACACGCUAAGGGUUCAGAGAUGUCCUGA